GUGAUGUAGUCCUCCAGGAGGUGCAGGUCACAGCGGAACAAGCCCCUUAGAAGAUCCCUGCUGGCCCCGAGUAUCAUCCUUCGGUUGGCACGUGUGGAGUUCAGCGCAGACUGAAUGUGGUUCAGAGGUUCAUACAAAUAGAAGACAUCGGGGUGAUGGUUGAAGAGCUGCCCCAAAAAUGAAGAGCCAGAACGUGUAGCAGCCAAGAUGAGAACGUGACUUGGAGAUAUAUUCCUUAAAUAGUCUUUUUUAUAUCUCAGACAGGCAGGGUCCAUGGAGUGCAGGAGUUGGAAGUGAUUUUGAUUAUGUAAAACUGAACCGAUAUUCAGAGCUAUGGAUGGAAAAGAUCUAAUCGCAAUAUACUGUAUAACAACAUAGACUAAAGCCAAAAGCAGAAGAAUUUUCCAGGAACAUUUCAUGAUAGUAUGACUGUGUCACAAAAAUGCAGUCUGUCAGGACAGCAAGAUAAUCAAUAUCACUUUGACAGAGACGUGGAUAUUUCUAGUACACCUAUGAAAAAGGCAGAUAUGUCUUUAAACAGUGGCUUACCUUUCAGGUGAUGAAUACACGACUGCCAAGUCACACUAGAGGCCCUGGCCACCUCCUUUUUUUUUUAAUUCUAGAUAAGCUGAUAGGAUGGACUUACUGUGCCAAAGCACAUAAACUAAUAGCCUACUGCAUCUCUAUACAGUAUGCACAAAAUUAUCAUAGCUAAGUGAUAACAGUUUGAAAAUGGGGUUUGAAAGAAGGUGUGUGCAAGCCUGGACAAGAGUUGGUUCAACUUUAGUUUGCCAAAGCUUGCAUUAAUCUUCAAAACACUUGACAACACAAAUGAGUUGUCAAAAUCUCAAUUAUUGUGUUUGACUGUUAUUCAUUGUAGGCUACUUUUCUUUCGUAAAAGGCUAAAACUGAGGACUGAAAGUGCUCUCACUGGGCAUAAACUCGAGCCCUUUGUGAUUGGUGCAACUGUAGUUUAGCGUCUUAUGAUUGGUUCAAUAGGGAGGAAGCUUAUACGUCAUGGUGUUUCAGCCAAUCACGAUGUGAAAUGCACUGGUCGUUUGGAUUUGAGUAGCAGCUUGUGAUGCUUCUGAAUGGAUUGAAAGAAGGGAGUUAGGACAUUCGUUAUAACCACCAAUAUAAUUAUUUUCAACACAUACGUUAUUCUAUGUGACAGUUGUUGUUCAUAUCGAGGACUAUGGGGGAACCUCCAGCACCAACGUUUGAGUCAUUGGAAGAGGAAGUCGGCUAUUGGAAAGAGCUGGCUGUUAAACAUCAACAAAGUGCUCUAGAUGCACAUGACGAGCUGCAGGAAUUUCAGCAAAUGAGCCGAGAUUAUGAGACAGAACUCGAGACUGAGUUGAAACAAUGUGAAUCGAGGAACAAGGAACUACACUCCAACAAUGAACGUCUGCGUUCGGAACUCGAUAACAUCAAGGAAAAAUUUGAGGCACAACACACUGAUGCAUUUCGGCAAAUGUCGAGGCUGGAGGAUGAGCUAGCAGAGACCACGGCGGUAAGGGACCACCUGCAGAAAUACAUCAGAGAACUGGAGCAGUCCAACGACGACUUGGAGCGGGCUAAAAGGGCCACAAUUAUGUCUUUGGACGAUUUUGAGCUGCGGAUGAAUCAGGUUAUUGAGAGGAAUGCUUUCCUGGAAAGCGAGCUGGACGAAAAGGAGAAUCUUCUAGAAUCAGUUCAGAGGCUGAAAGAUGAGGCCAGAGAUCUGAAACAAGAGCUGGCUGUGACGCAGAAGCAGGAACGCCCCCCGUUAAGAAUUUCCAGGGACCCGGACAAGCCAGAAGCGCCAUCACAGCUUCCUGGUUGUACCUCUGUCCCAGCCACCCCCGCCAACCCAAUUGGAUCAUUCUGCACACCAUCAACAACACACUACAGAGGGAUCUCCAUGACUGGUACUCCUCUCACCACUUCUGCUCGAAUCUCAGCGCUCAAUAUUGUCGGGGAGCUGCUGAGGAAAGUGGGGAAUCUAGAAUCCAAGCUUGCCUCCUGUCGAGAUUUUGUGUUUGACACCCCAGCUGUGAGGCCGGCCCUUUCUGCAGGAACUGCAUCUCCAGCUGCCCCCUCAGACAGCUCUGAGGUCCAGCUCACUGGCCAAACUGUGCCUCCAUUUGAGAAAAGUUUGGUGAAGCGGCUGGAAUUCGGCCCUGCGUCGUCCCACUCGGCUCCGUCGCCACUGCAGUCUCCACAAGGUGGGGUCAAGAUGCUGCUGUAGGACGCCGACACACUACCUCAGUCCACUACCCAUACGCCCGGCGGGCAUGUCUCUCGUGUCUGUGUCCUGUCUGUGUCCUGUGUACAUCAUGCAUCACCUCAGCUGAUGUUUUUGAAAUGGCUUCCCUCUCUGUGCUCCUCUGCGUCUGGUCACUGAAGAGCACAGCCAUGCGCUAGCUGCCUCCUGCUAUCUGCUUUUGCAUGCCCCGCUGGGUUGGAACGAUAGAUGAUGAUGAUAUAAAUAGAGAGUGUUCUGGAACCAGAACCCAAAAGAAAAGAACUCUUGACUGUUGACAUAGUAUUUCCUGCUGAGAACAGCUUAGCGUCUUUGUAGUUUUGAUUUCCUUGUUAUCCCCAUGGACAAAGCAUAUCCCUGUGACCUUACACAUCAUUUAACCUCAUCUGCCCCCAGUGGGCCUCCUGGGCCGGCAGCCCCAGCUCUCCCAACUGGGCCAGGGGCCGGUCUGGGGUUUAGCGUUAGCCUUUAGCCACUGCUGCCUUCUAACGAGAUCUGCGUCUGUAGAGCGCUUCCUUGGAGCCAUACCACAGCCAUUCUUCUUCAGCUGACUGCAGUUAAGUUGCCUCGAUUGCUGAAGCUCAAGCAUUUGUGUGUCGAUAGCUGUGGUUGCUGGCUGCUGUGUUUGCACUGUGGAGAAGUGGCUUUAGUCGUGGGUUUGUUGUUUUUUUUAUUGUUAUUUUUAAAGUAUGUAUUAGCUGCCCUAAGACCUGCUGCAGGGACAAGUUGAGAUGUUUGGCUUUGUCUUAGUUUGUUGACGUUCUUCAGUCGAUGAAGCAAGUCUGUUUGAAAUUGUUUAGAGAUUGUUUGUAAUGAAGAUUCAAUUUAUUGAGAGGUAAAUCAAUCCUGGCUGUUAAAUGUGUUCUACCACACCAGCUUGGUCAGGUGAGUGGUGAGUGUGUAGAUCUGUUGCUCAAGACCUCUGUUCAAAUGUGGAAUUUGAUGUGACUCACGUAUAGAGCAAUAACAUGUGAUGGUAAUAUUCCUUCUCUGUAUUUACUAUGUAAACAUUCAGUUUCACGUCUAGGUCAUACAUGGAUAUACUCUAUGCAGUACGGUAUCUGGUUUUGCGUCAAGGCUACAUGCCUUGGCAAUCUAAACUGUUAUUUGAAGCUGAUGGUUUCAGUGCUAAAAUUAAAAUAGAAGUUUUAAAUAUGGUAAACAUAUUCUUAUUCUGUCUAGACAUAAAUAAGUAGUGUAUAGGUAGAUAUAUCCAUAUAUGAAGUUUAAUGACUGAUCAGAGAGGUGUAGUUUAUAGGUCAAUAUGCCAUUAACUUUCCUAAUAUGAGGUACGCAAAAAUAACUACUGGACAGUACUAUGGAAAUCUGUCUGUAUUGUAACAAGUAUAGGCUAUGGGGUCAGAAAAUGCUAUUUUUAAUAUGGAAUAUAUAUACUCUUGGUUUGAGUACCCAUGGGUACAGUUCAGCUUUAAAGUAAAAUGAUCAUAGCUUACAUGUAAAGAGAUGUUUUUGUUGCCUGGAGGCAUGUUAUCAGCGUGUCAGAACCAAACAACUGGCAAGCCCAUGUGUUUGUCAACAGACUUUCCGUUUUCAUCUGAUUUGCAUUGUUAUUGUUGCAGUACAUUGUCUAUUGAACGUAGAUAGCGUAGACUGAUACUAUUUUUUCUAAUAAAUGUUUAGUGGCUGUUUGGCUUUCUGAAGUGACAUCACAUUCAGUCAUUUUGAAACCAACAACCAUACUUAGCAUAAUUUAUCUCACAGCUGUUUUUUUUAUAUGUAACUGAUUUGUACAUGUUAAGGUGUGGCUAUAGUUUGGUUAUGGUUUUUAAGUUCUUUGUUGAGUUUGGCCAUUGUGCUGUAAUGUUACAGUGCGUUGUCAUGGCAAAAAGCACAAGUUCUGACCGAGAGAUCACAGCAGUCCAGUUCCUCUGCUGGGCACUGCAUCUGGACCCAGAAACUGGACGUGUGGUCACAGUUCCAUCGUUUUAAGUCUAGAAUUUAUUUAUUGACUAACAUAAGACCUUAUAUUUUUCUCUCCAACAAACUGCUUACCUUUGGAAUAAUUUGUAAAACAUUUCACUGUGAGAUAUGAGACAAGCAAUAUUUGCAAGAAUUUGCAGGGGACCCUAGUUUUACAAAAUGUAUUUUUAUGUGGCUUUCUUUGACACUGCUACACUGUCAUGAAAGGUUACAAUAAACUGAAUAUCAAA